AAUCAAACUUUAACGUCCCUUUCCUCUUUCCCGUCCUUUAUACCUUUCCAAAAUACAAAUAUCUUCCGCUUUACCUUCUCAACACCUCACCCUGCCACUGCUACCUUUCCUCACUUCUUCUCCUUCUUCUUCUCUUUGUAUUUCUUCAGUCUUGGCUGCUUACUUCGGCAUUCGUUUCUCCAAUUCUACUCCUCUUUGUUUUUCAGUUGCAUCUCUUUGCGUCAGCUAAGAAUGGCCGGUGGUGAGCAAGUGGUAAGGAACAAGCAGGUGAUAUUGAAGAAUUAUGUGACUGAGGGUCUCCCCAAAGAAUCAGACAUGGAAGCAAGAGAAGGUAGCAUUCAACUGAAGGUGCCAGAGGGUACUAAAGAUGCAGUUGUGGUCAAGAAUCUCUACUUGUCUUGUGAUCCUUAUAUGAGAAACCGCAUGAAGAAGCUUGAAACAUCUUCAUAUGUGGCUUCUUUUGAGACUGGCUUGCCUCUAAGUGGUUAUGGAGUGGCCAAGGUUCUGGAUUCUACUCUUCCAGAUUUCAAAAAUGGCGAGUUUGUUUGGGGGAUGACUGGUUGGGAAGAGUAUAGUCUCAUAAUAGAACCAGAUCGUUUGUUCAAAAUUCAACACAAAGAUGUGCCUCUUACCUACUAUACUGGACUUCUUGGUAUGGCUGGUAUGACUGCUUAUGCUGGUUUUUAUGAGGUUUGCUCCCCUAAGAAAGGAGAGUACGUCUAUGUAUCAGCAGCAUCUGGAGCAGUAGGUCAGCUUGUUGGGCAGUUUGCUAAACUGUUAGACUGCUAUGUUGUUGGAAGUGCUGGAAGCAAAGAGAAAGUUGAGUUGUUGAAGAACAAGUUUGGGUUUGAUGCGGCUUUCAACUACAAGGAAGAGCCAGACCUGGAUGCUGCUUUGAAAAGGUACUUUCCAGAAGGCAUUGAUAUUUACUUUGAAAAUGUUGGGGGAAAGAUGCUUGAUGCAGUGCUACUGAAUAUGAGGGUCCACGGUCGUAUCGCUGCAUGUGGAAUGAUCUCGCAGUACAACCAAGGCCGGCCUGAAGGAGUGCACAACUUGAUGCAUCUUGUGGGAAAACAAGUUCGCUUGCAAGGAUUCCUGGUUGGUGAUUUCUAUCAUCUCUAUCCAAAGUUUCUUGAAAUGAUUAUUCCUUACAUCAAAGAAGGAAAGAUAGCGUAUGUUGAAGACAUAGCCGAAGGCCUCGAGAGUGCUCCAGCAGCUCUCAUUGGCCUCUUCACUGGUCGCAAUGUUGGGAAACAGUUAGUUGUAGUCUCCCAUGAUUGAUGUAAAUAUGCUACAACCUUAAUCGAGGUUUUGUGAUGGCUGUAUGCUGCUUUUAUAAACUGAUCACCUGUUUGAUUGAAUAAAAGGAUGUAGAACAAGAAUCUCUGAUCUAUCAGGACUCUGAAUGCAUUCUUCU